CCUGCGCACCUCGCCGCGGCCGCGUCGCCUGCUCGCGGAGGCCUGGCUCGUCAUCGAUUCGCGGUCGCUGCUGCCAUUGUGACGGGAUUGUCUCGCCCACCCCGCCUCCCGGUGCUCGCUGCAGGUACACGCGCGGGCGGCGGCGUGUGUUUGCUUCGUCGUCGGGCUCGUCGUGUUGCUGCUGGUCAACCUCAGCGCUCUGGGUGGACGGGUUGAUUCGGCUGGUCUGGUUUUCUCGGCGGGCGUCCCCUCUACUGCUCCAUGUGCGUCCCUCCCGAAGCUGUGUACUCGGUCGAAGAGGAAGACCUUCCCUGAUAGACGAGGCCCUUCAGUCAAAGGCUCUCCAUUUCUGAAGAAAGCAUCAUCAAGAACACGGCGGGCAUGGAGGACGAGUUGCUAGCAGCCUGGCCCCACACACCGGUGACCUUCAAGGAUGUACUUGUGAACUUCUCCAGGGAGGAGUGGAAGCUGCUGGACACAGCUCAGCAGGUCAUGUACAGAGAUGUGAUGCUGGAGAACUACAAGAAUCUGACUUCCUUGGGGCACCAGCUUCCCAAACCAGAUGUGAUCCUCCAUUUGGAGAAAGGGGAAGAGCCCUGGCUGGUGGGGAGAGGGAUUCAGCAGGAGGCCCGUCCAGAUGUGGACACUGCGGUUGAAAUUAAAUCAUCAGUGUCCAGUAAGAGCAUUUCUAAAGAUAAACAAUCCUAUGGCAUUAAAGUGGAAGGAAUUCCAAAGAAUGAUCUCUGGUACUUAUCAUUAGAAGAAGUCUGGAAAUGUGAAGACCGGUUGGACAAGUAUCAGGAAAACCAGGAGAGGCAUUUGAGGCAAGUGGCAUUCACCCAAAAGAAAGCACUUACUCAGGAGAGAGUGUGUGAAAAUGGUAAAUAUGGGGGAAAUUGUCUUCUUCCUGCUCAACUAGUGCUGAGGGAGUAUUUCCAUAAACAUGACUCACGUACUAAAAGUUUAAAACACAAUUUAGUUUUUAGUGGUCAUCAGGAAAGCUAUGCAAGUAAUAGUAGUGAGUGUGGUCAAACCUUCUGUCAAAACAUUCACCUUAUUCAGUUUGCAAGAACUCAACCAGGAGAGAAGUCCUACAAAUGCCCUGGGACUGUCAACUCUCUGACUGGUGGUACGUCCCUUGCUGUAUCGAAGGGCAUACAUAGGGAGAAACCAUAUGAAUGUAAGGAGUGUGGAAAAUUCUUUAGCUGGCGUUCUAAUCUUACCAGGCACCGGCUGAUUCAUACUGGAGAAAAACCCUAUGAAUGUAAAGAAUGUGGAAAGUCUUUUAGCCGGAGUUCUCACCUCAUUGGACAUCAGAAGACUCACACUGGCGAGGAGCCCUAUGAAUGUAAAGAAUGUGGAAAGUCCUUCAGCUGGUUCUCUCACCUUGUGACCCACCAGAGAACUCACACAGGAGACAAACUCUACACGUGCAGCCAGUGUGGGAAAUCUUUUGUUCACAGCUCCAGGCUCAUUAGGCACCAGAGAACCCACACUGGAGAGAAACCGUACGAGUGUCCCGAGUGUGGGAAGUCUUUCAGACAGAGCACACAUCUCCUCCUGCAUCAGAGAACUCACGUCAGAGUGAGGCCCUACGAGUGCAACGAGUGUGGGAAGUCGUACAGCCAGCGGUCUCACCUCGUGGUGCACCACAGGACUCACACAGGCCUGAAGCCCUUUGAGUGUAAAGACUGUGGAAAGUGCUUCAGCAGAAGCUCUCACCUUUUCUCCCAUCAGAGGACCCACACUGGGGAGAAACCGUACGAGUGCCAGGACUGCGGGAAGUCCUUCAGCCAGAGUUCUGCCCUCAUCGUGCAUCAGAGAAUUCAUACUGGAGAGAAGCCAUACGAAUGCUGCCAGUGUGGGAAAGCCUUCAUUCGGAAGAACGACCUUAUUAAGCAUCAGAGGGUUCAUGUCGGGGAGGAGACCUGUAAGUGCAGUCGGUGUGGGGUUGUCUUCAGCCAGAACUCUCCGCUGAUAGUACAUCAAAUAGCGCACACUGGAGAGCAGUUCUUAACCUGUAACCAGUGUGGGACAGCCCUUGCUAACAGCCCUAGCCUCAUUCGCUACCAGACCGAUCAUAUUAGAGAGAAUACUUAUUAAUAUUAUGAAUGCGGAAAGUUCUUUACAAAGACCAGUAACUUUGUUUUACAUUGGAAACUCCUUCUGGAGGGAGGGGGUGUAGAUGUAAUCUCUGCAGAAAUGCUUUCAAUCUUGUUAGUACCCUUUUGUGCACUAGAGAAUUGGUCCGGGAAGGGGAAAUAACCCACAGAUUUCACUGUAGAACACAGAAACAUCAGCUUUUCUUUCCACGAAUUCCUACAAAACCAGUUAUCCUUGGAGCAUUCUUGACCAAGCCUUAAAAUGCUAGAAUCUGAGAAGGAACCAUUGGGUAGGUGGGAGAUUAUCCAGCUUUGUUGCCUUCUUUAAAAAAAUGUCAGUCAGAAUGAUACUUUAGAAAGAGAAGUCAAUGAGAGUUGCUAUUGCAAAGAAUAAAGCAUUGAUAGUUAUUGUAACAAAAGUAGAAAAUAAUAUUCCAGUGAAAUAAUUUGCCGUGUUUUUACUUGAUUGUCCUUCUGGAUACUUAAAGUGUCUCCUCUGUCUUAUCUGUCUGAUAUAAACCACAUUUUGGUUAGUAGGAGGGAAAAUGCUUAUAAUGUAAAGCAGUAAAAGAACACAUUUACUAGUAAUGGUACUUAUUUUAAGUGUAUUUGCAUGUGAGCAAGAAUUUAAAAACUAUCUGGAUAAUGAACAGAAUCGGUUGGUUAGGUAAUGGGAUUGAGUGUGUUUUAUAGUUUAUUCCUGUUACUCUGAUAAUUAUUUGAAGAUAUUUUUAAACAUUAAAAAGGAUAUCCAGUUUCUCUCUUCUGUCAUCAAGGCUGCUUAAGACCACCUGCUAGCAAACUUUCCUGUUCUACAUGGUUUGGGUCAUAGAACUGUACUCUUUGAGACCAUGUGCUGAAGGCUCCUGGGAAUUUAAACACAGGAAUUCCUUGGACUUUGAGACCUAGAAGAAGAGUAGGUGUUUGAGCACAUGAGGCGGAGUCCCCCUUUGCGUGGGAGCAGGUACCUGGGCCAUCUUAGAGCAGCGAUGCUCAGGAAACAGCACUUUUCAAGGCCACCCUCCUUCCAAGGUAGUCUUUUAUCUUUAUAUAGGAAACUUAGUGGUUAAAUGCGGAAACUUGAGCUAGACUAUCCAAGUUGAAAUUCCACCUCUGUCCUUAACUUGCUGGGGGAACUUGGGCAUGCUGCCUAACAUCUCUGUGCCUCUUCUGUAAAGUAGGGGUAUCACUUACCUUGUAGGACUGUGGUGAGUAUUAACUGAGUAAACAUACGAACAGCUUAGAAUAGUGCCUGACGUGUGUUAAGUGUUCUGUUUUCGUUAGUGUGGUGACUGGCAUCACUGUCGUUCCACCUCUGGUGUCCGUCACUGAAUUCACACCUGCUUGCGUGUGAGUAAGAGUCUAUGCAGCCCUCACUUCCUUCCCGGCCACGUUUCCUUCUUACCUACGUCAGCACUUCUCAACCUGAGGAAAUCACUGCCCAGAGUGGGUGUAUCGACUCACUUCUGAGGAUCAGUAAACAACUUUUAAUGUUGUAUGCUAAAUAAUCUCGUUUGUACAAAGCUUUUCUCUUCUAGGGAGAGAAGCCUAAUCUUCAGAUUCUGUGGUAAGUUCAUGACCCAAAAAUUUAGAAAGAGAACUUGUUUUAAUUCUGUUUCAUUCUAUAAAUGGAUCUCUGUGAAGGGAUUGGCCAUUAUUUGUCAUUUUCUAGCAAACAAGAUAUAUUUUAGAUGCUUAAUGAUUGAUGAAUGAUUAAUAUUUUUGAGACCAGGAGGACGAAGAUCUUGAUGUCUCUCUCCCAGGAAAAAUCCAGAAAUGAUGGUCAAGAGUCAUGAGACUUGAGAGCCACAAGGAACAGGAGACCAUCUAACUUGUAUUCUUCGUUGUACCGUUGAGAUCAAGUGAGGUGGCCCGGUCUCACGUUUUGAGUGACGUCAGACCCAGAACUAGACCCUUAGCUUCCUCGAUUACUGCUGCGCUCUUCAGGGCAGAUCUCUCGCUCACAUGUAUAAUGUGCUCCUGUUAGAAGUCAUUUUCAUGGUGAGCAGUGGUUCUUAGUGAGAGUGGAAGAGUAGUCCCCUAACCGGGCCUCUCAGAGUUUCUGAUAACUAUCUAACCUGACAUAGGUUAGCAACCUAACAUAGGUCAUUAACAUAACCCAUGGCUCAGUUUUCCUCAACUGUGUAACGGAGUUCCUUCUAGUAUCUACCUCAGACGGUUGUUGUAUGGGUUAAGUGAGAUAAUGUGUAUAAUGUAUUUAAAACAGUGCCUGGCACGCAAGUACUAAAUGUGUUAGCUUCCACUACUACUGUUAUUAACACAUUAAGGAAUGUAGGAAGAGACAAAUGUCUAUGGAAGAUGACUAAAACAUUACUUAUAAUAGUGCAAACUUUGCAGUAUAGAAAUGUAUAAUAGCAAAAUGGUUAUAGCCUAUCCAGGUCAUGGAAUAUUACACAGACAUUAAAAAUAUGCAAACUAUUAACAAGAAAAAUGUUGAUGUUAUCAUGUGUUUUGAAAAAAGCAUGAUAAAUAACUGUGAAUAUGGAGUAGCUCUAGUAAAAAUAAAUAAUUGUAAAUAA